ACAAAACCCUUAGAAGAUCCGAGCUCGAGUGGAGCACGGUGACCUGCCGAUACUCGGAGAUUUUUGCUGUAUAUAAGGCAAUGCCACGAGCCCGUGGUCGCGGUUGGGGCAGUAGCCGUGCCCGUAGUCGCAGUCGUGGUCGCGACAGUGGUAGUGGUCGCGGUCGUGGUCGUGCAUGUCAGCGUGCCACUACUACUGAUCUUGGUUUGGAUGAGGCUCCUAUCUCCCCAUCUGAGUUGAUACCGGGAGCUCAGGUUGGUCCCAGUAUUGGAGUCGGUGGUCAGACUGAGGGACAACCUCAUCUUGUUGCAGCUCAGGUAGCCGUACCAGCCAUUCCUACAGCAUCGUUUAUUAUGGAAAAGGCCCGUAUUCCUUUGCUUGCUAGUUCAGCAAAGGAUCGUUUUACGCUGUUCCAUGGAGGCACCGAUCCUUGGGUGGCGCGUACAUGGUUGGAGGAUAUUGAGGGCACUUUUGGGUACAUGUCCUGUUCAGACACAGAGAAGGUAGAGCUAGCCGCUUAUCAUUUUCGAGGGCAAGCAUCCACAUGGUGGAAGAUGCAAAAGACAGUCUUUGGGGAUCAGAUUAUCUCUUGGCAGUCUUUUCGAGAGGCGUUCGAGAGACAGUAUUUUCCUGCAGCAUUUUGUGUUGCUCGACGCCAGGAAUUCAUGAGUCUCAAGCAGGGUGACCGAAGCGUGCUAGACUAUAGUGCAGAAUUUAGCAGACUUGCUGAGUUUUGCCCACAUAUGGUUGCUCAGGACUCAGACCGUAUGUUUCACUUUACACAGGGACUGGCAGCAUAUAUUCGGAUCAGGAUGUCUGGAUUUCCUGUUACUACUUAUCGAGAGGCACUUGAUCGAGCCAUAUUUAUUGAGAUGACUCAGCAGCAAGUCUCUCAAGAAAGAGAAGCCAGCCGACAGACCUCGCAGAGCUCACACUCUAGACAGCAGAGUCGAGGUCGUCGAUCUCGUGGUCAGGAUACGACUAGAGAGUCUUCACGGUCACGAAAGGUGGCCAAAGUAUCACAUGGAUCUAGUCGCCCAGUUCCAUCACAGCGGGGCCAGAUAUCGGUGAAGUGUUUUCAAUGUGGUGCACCAAAUCACCUGGCAUCAGAAUGUCCACUGGAUAAGAGUAUAUGUUUUUAUUGUAAACUGCCAGGACAUAUGCAGAAAGAUUGCACUUUGAAGGCACAACAUCAAGCAGGAGGAUCACAGUCUCAGCAGGCUCGACCUACCUCACGACCUCCACAGUCUCGGCAGCAGAAAGGCCCGCAGAGAUCUCAGCAGUCUCAGCCACGAAAUCCCCCACCUACACAGUCUGCUCACCAGCCACAACUCUAUCAUUUGCAGUCCCAAGUGGAGAGUGAGUAUCACUCAGUACCUCCACUUCAGCAGUAUCUGCCAGCUCCAUCUCAGCAGUACUUGCCAGCUCCAUCUCAGCAGUAUUUGGUAGCUCCACCCCAGCAGUACUUGCUACCUCCACCCCAGCAGUACUUGCUACCUCCACCCCAGCAGUAUCAGCCACCAUUAUCUUAUCAGCCUUCGACCCAGUCAUACCAGCCUUCGCAGGAUCAGAGUCAGCCCUCUUCUUCUAUCCAGAGGGGUCAGCCAUCAGGUCUUGAGCCGGGACAUGUUUAUGCUUUGACUCGUGAGGAGGCACAGCGAGCUGGAGGAUCUGUUAUCCGAGAUCCGAGCUCGAGUGGAGCACGGUGACCUGCCGAUACUCGGAGAUUUUUGCUGUAUAUAAGUUUUGCAGACACAGGGAUCCUUUUGAUAUUACUGUUGAUUUUGGACUUUCAUAGAGUUG